CCGGUGACGUUACGCCGUCUUCUCCCAGUCAUGUGCUAAGACUCCUAGAGUCAGGUGGUGGAUGAGUCGUCAGUGACGUAAUCCGGAAGCAUACUGUCGCACGCGGAAGUAAGGGAGAACCGGACGGUGUUAUUGAAAACCCGUACACUUCCCUUCCUGGGUUUCUGUAAGUGGAAGGUGUAACAGGGGAAGCGGAGUUGGCAGCGACCCGGGCAUAACAAUACGUCCAAGAUACCGGGAGGAGAGAUGGCAGCGAACGGGAACAACCUACAGAAAGCAAUUGACCUCGCCGGUAAAGCCUCACAAGAAGACAAAGCAGGAAACUAUGAGGAAGCGCUUCGCUUAUAUCAGUGUGCUGUACAGUAUUUUUUGCACGUGGUGAAGUAUGACACUCAGGGUGAAAAAGCAAAGCAGAGUAUUCGAGCAAAGUGUAUAGAGUAUCUUGACAGAGCAGAACAGCUGAAGGCAUAUUUAAAGAAAAAGGAGAAAGCCCCAGCAAAACCUGUAAAGGAAGGUGCUCCUCGACAUGAAGAAAAAGGGAAUGAUAGUGAUGAAGGGGAGUCGGGGGACCCAGAAAAAAAGAAGAUGCAGACCCAGCUGCAAGGUGCCAUUGUCAUGGAAAAACCAAAUGUAAAAUGGGGUGAUGUUGCUGGCCUGGAAGGGGCCAAGGAAGCACUCAAAGAAGCUGUCAUUUUACCAAUUAAAUUUCCUCACCUGUUUACAGGUAAAAGAACUCCCUGGCGGGGGAUCCUACUUUUUGGACCUCCGGGAACAGGAAAGUCCUAUUUAGCCAAGGCUGUAGCUACAGAAGCAAACAACUCCACCUUCUUCUCAAUAUCCUCUUCAGACCUUGUGUCAAAGUGGCUAGGCGAAAGUGAAAAGUUGGUAAAGAAUUUAUUUCAGCUUGCCAGGGAACAUAAGCCCUCAAUCAUCUUUAUUGAUGAGGUUGACUCACUGUGUGGGUCAAGAAGUGAGAAUGAAAGUGAGGCAGCUCGCAGAAUUAAAACAGAGUUCUUGGUACAAAUGCAAGGUGUUGGAGUUGAUAAUGAAGGCAUCUUGGUUCUUGGAGCCACAAAUAUACCAUGGGUAUUAGAUUCAGCCAUCCGGAGGCGAUUUGAGAAGCGAAUAUACAUUCCCCUUCCAGAAGCACAUGCCCGAACAGACAUGUUCAAACUUCAUCUUGGAACUACAGCUCAUAGUCUAACAGAUGCAGACUUUCGAGACCUGGGAAAAAGGACAAAUGGUUACUCUGGUGCUGAUGUCAGCGUAAUUGUGCGAGAUGCCCUAAUGCAGCCCGUCAGGAAAGUUCAGUCUGCCACUCACUUUAAAAAGGUUCGAGGGAAAUCUCCUCUAGAUCCAGAUCAAAUCUGUGAUGAUCUGCUUACUCCAUGUUCUCCUGGAGAUCCGAAUGCCGUUGAAAUGACAUGGGUGGAUGUACCUGGAGAUAAGUUAUUGGAACCCAUCGUGGGCAUGGCUGAUAUGCUGAGAUCACUAGCUAACACCAAACCUACUGUAAACGAUCAGGAUCUGGAAAAAUUAAAGAAAUUUACAGACGACUUUGGACAAGAAGGAUAAAUUAGCAUGCAAAUAGAUACAAGGUCACUUUUAAUAGCCUUUUUUUUCUUUCUCCUAUAUAUUCUUGCAACAAUAUACAUGGCAAAUACAUACAAAAUAUUUGUCUGUAAAACUGAUUUUUCAAGUUGCGUGGAAGUGAUUUCAAUCCUACCAAACACUUGCUGAGCUGUCACAUAUACCAGAAUCUACUGUAAAGUAUGUAUUUAAAAAAACAAACAAUAUUCCUGCAAUGACUUCAAUCAACGUAAACACUACUAUGUGUUAAGAAGAAGCACGUGGGACUACUGACCAAACAUCCAAGGCCGUAUUAUUUGUACUAGUAUGUGUAAUACCAUACAAGAACUUUAUUGCUUGACCAUUAAAUAAAAAUAUUGGCACUUCUAAAAUGUUAUGAUGUUGCUAUACAAGAAAGUUUUGCUUUGCAAAAAAAAAGUCAGGGGCAAUCCAUAAAUAUGUGCAAUCAGUCCUUUAGAGCAGCACUUAAGGACAGUAGAUAAAAUAUUCAA